GCAUCGUUAUCACUAAGAUCCUCCAUCACUAGUCCUCCGAACAACUACCAUUUGAUCCGAAGAAGUCCGCCAUGCAUACCUCCUCCUGGCUUCUAUUCGGUCUCGCAGCUGCAGUCUUCGCCCAGGAAGAACAAGACCUCAAUCUUUUCCACUAUGGAAGACGAGGUCCUCUUCUAGGAACUUCCUUCGGCACACCCGGUGUGAACGCAACCUUUGACUAUAUCGUUAUUGGAGGCGGAACUGCUGGCUUGACUAUCGCGAGUCGUCUUGUCCAGAGUGAACGAUUCAGCGUAGCGGUCGUCGAAGCGGGUGGAUUCUCCGAGAUCGAUAAUGGCAACUGGUCCGUCGUCCCUGCGUACGCCCGAGGGCUCUUUUGCGGGGACGCCCCCGAGGCGUAUCAUCCAUUGAACGACUGGCGCUUCAAGACGCAGCCACAGCAAGUCCUGGGUGGCCGUGUCUUCCACUGUGCGCACGGCAAGCUCCUAGGAGGCAGUUCCGCUCAGAAUAGUAUGAACUAUAACCGCCCCACCAAGGGCAGCAUGCAAAAGUGGGCAGAAGAAGUGGGUGACGAGAGCUACACCUUCGAGAACAUGCUGCCGUGGUACAAGAAGUCUGUGCGUUUUACUCCGCCGGACCCGACCAUCUGGGGUGAUUAUGACAUUCUGCAUAAUGAGGACGCCUUUAAGAACGGCGGUCCUCUUGAAGUCUCGUCGGGAAAUUGGAUCGACCCGUUGGCUAACACUAUACGCAAAGUUCUGACCGUUGGGCUUGGGUUCAAAGAGACUGAAUUCAACAGUGGCGGCCUGCUAGGCUCUGGAUUCAUGAGCCGAACUAUCAACCCGAAGAAUGCCCAUCGUUCCUCAUCCGAGUCCAGCUUUCUGCAAGAGGCGCUCGACAGUGGGAACGGGCUGACAAUCUACAAGAACACGCUCGCCCAGAAGAUACUGUUCAACGGCGGAGACAAGACCGCUUCCGAGAUCCUCGUCUCAACAGCCGGCACGUUUGGGACCUCAAACCUCGAUUUUUACCUCAGGGCUCGCGAAGAGGUGAUAGUAUCAGCGGGACCCAUACAGUCUCCGCAGCUGCUCAUGGUCUCUGGUGUUGGUGAAUGCGAACAACUUUCUAGAUAUGGCAUCCCCUGUGUCAGCCACCUCCCAGGCGUCGGUAAGAACAUGCAAGAUCACCCUGUCGUGAUUACAACGUGCCGUGUGAACGAGCAGAUGGUGCCUGUUUUGGUGACCGAAGAGGCAUCAGACCAACUGCAUGUCCGACAAUAUAUUGAGAACGCCAGAGGGCCGUUGACAAUCGUAGGGCCCGGGUACUUUGGCUUCGAGAAGCUGCCGCAGCAAUAUCGUUCCCAGCUAUCUGAGGAGAAUCUCAAGAGUCUUGCAGACUUUCCCGAGGACUGGCCCGAGCUUGAAUGGGCACUUAGUGGCGUCAGCCGAGGCACCGAUGCUUCUGAGGGAAACUACACCAUUGCCAUGGGAUCAAUAGUUCAGGCUACGUUCUCUCGCGGAAUGGUCUCGUUAGCCAGUCCAGACAUGUCCACGCCGCCAAUCAUUGAUCCACAGUGGCUUGCUGACCCAAGAGACAUGAAUACUUCAAUCCAAGCGUUCAGGCGCAGUCGUGAGGUUUGGACCCAUCUUGCUGAGGUUGGAGUUAUCGACCUGGAAACGUGCGUGCCAGGAUCCGAAGUGGAGACGGAUUAUCAGGUGCGCGAGUUCCUCAGACAAGAUGUGUCGGCGAUCAACCAUGCCUCAUGCACGUGCAAGAUGGGACAAAAGGACGAUAAGAUGGCAGUCAUCGACAAUGCGGCCCGAGUCUUUGGAGUGCAACGCCUGCGGGUUGUUGAUAUCAGCAGCUUUCCUUUCCUGCCACCGGGUCAUCCGCAGGCAACUGUCUACGCCCUGGCUGAGAAGAUUGCAGAUGAGGUACUGCAAGCAAGCAUUAAUUCCAGCUCAUAG